AUGCCUCCCAAAGGAAGCAAAAAGCCCGUGUCUCCUGCUAAAGGUACCGCUGCCACCAGGAAGGCCAGUGCCGCAAGGGCGAAGUCUCCCGUCAAAGAAGCCGGUGUCCAGAAAGCAUCUCCCAAAAAGGCGACAUCUCCCAAAAAGGCGGCAUCUCCGGAGAAGACUGCCGUUUACAAGACUGCCAUGACGCGUGCCACCAGAGGCGCCACUGCCGCACCGGACGAACCUCCUCCCACCAGGUCUAUUCUUUACAAACGUGGAUUGCUCGGAGAGAAUGAUAACGAUGAUGACCCAACGCAGCCUACCGAGGAGAUGCUUGCCCUCUUCGAUAAGCGUUCUCUGACCCAAGUGGACAAGUUCAUGAUCCAAGCCAUUAAUCGUAUGGAGGAAGCCGAUGAUCACAGGGCUGUAAACCAGGGCGUCGAAAUUAAACGCCUGGAAAAAGAUGCCGCUGCGAAGGGUGUUCCGCUUAACUGCCACACCAAGAUUUACUGGAGAUUCUUCGACAUGUACGUCCGCAGGAAUGAGGACGAUCAGUACCCCUUCGAAUUAUCCCCUGGCACCAUCAGAUAUGGUGUCGCAUAUUCUGACAGAGAACCGCCAUCCAAGGAACCAGCCCAUCGCAGGCGUUUGAGGGCACCUGCCGGCCGCGCGGCUGUCGUAAGGGAGAUUUCAGAGACUUCCAUGUCCAGGCCAGUGCGUGAAGGGCUAAAGAAGAGUCGAGCGCCCGCUUUCGCCCGUGACUCCGCAGGUCUGACUGCCGGACCAAGCAGAGUCUCCAAGGCCCAACCUCUCGCAGGUACUUCUUCAUCCCGCAGUGCAAGGUCCCGAUCAUUCGCCRAGGGAGCUUCCGCUGGUGGAGACAGAUCUCCAUACACCGGAGCUACCGACGAAAUCAAAACUUUGACGGCUUUUGAGCAGGCUGCUUUCGAUUCCAUGAUGGCAGGAGUGCCACCGCCAAUGCCUUCUUCGCGUAGCCUGUCGGUGGACCUGAGGGAAGCUCUCAUUGCUCAAGAGAGAGGAGUGCAGGCGGCCAUGAAGGAACAUGUGAGACGAGAGGCGGCGGGUGAGGGACCGGUGCCAACUGCUGUUGCUACGAAACUUGGAAGGAACACCAGAGCUCAAUCUCCUGGAAAGCGCGCUACUUCCAGCCGUGCUCAGUCGCCGGCCAAACCCCACUCGCAUACUAGGUCUCAGUCUCCUGCCAAGCUUCAACAACAAACUGUGCAACAAUCUCCUGGAAGACUGCCGGGGGUUAGAAGACCUUCCAUUGCUCCGUCCGUUGAUGUCGCUCCGGUGAGGGAACCCGGACGUGGACAUUUGGUCUCGAGCCAGAAUCCCGAGAAAAUCGWGGUCAACAUGAAUGGAAAGAUUGAAAUUCAGGACAACAACUUCUUCGAAAGCAUGCCSGCUCCCGAGGUCUGGCAUCGUCGUAUGCCGCCUGUUUUCCCCUUUGGAGAGACACCUUUCAUGGCGAGAGUUGUGAGCGAUCAGAUCAAUGCCGAUCUUGCGAGGAACCACGAAGAUGAUGAUACUCCUGCUGCGGGCACUGGGCUUAUCAGCGGCAUCAAAGGGAUUGGUCAGAGGCUCGGAUCCCUCACUGGACUGAGCCCCACCAAAGUCGCGGCCAAAGAGGCUGAAAGGGCCAAGAAGCUCACUUCGAUGUGGGAGUUGCCGGAGGUGGAUGAGAGUUAUAGGGAGGAGAUCAGGCGGGCUGCUAAACAGUACAAGGCUGGGAAGAGUGUUCCACCACCACGCCAGAAGCGUCCGGCACCGGAGCCGAUUCAUGAAAUCCCGUUCAAGAGAGCUCGAGGCCUUCGUCGCGGUGAAGGCGAGAGGCCGAUGUAUGGUUGA